UCAUAUGAUUUCGUUUUUCAAUCGUUUUGUUUCUUCUGCUAAUCAUUUGUGAUGUUUUAAAGUUUUUAUGUUGAUUUAACAUUUGGAUUAAAUAUUUGUGAUAGAAAUAUCCUUUUGAAAGUUAAAUUACAGUCUCUUAAAAUGUUUUACAAAAAAAUGUGGACAAAGAAGUAAGUUGUAGACGCAACAGGAAAACCAUACGUGAUUCAACAUUUGGAGAGAAAGACGCACUGACUUAAAACCUGGUUUGCAUCUUGAUGCAGGAAGUUAGAUAUAUAUUUGAGAAACAGUGAUUCUUUUGACAUGUAUAGCCAGGCUAUCUUCUGGGAUUUAGUCUAAGCAUGUUAACCUCUGUUCGGGUUUACAAAUACGAUCACUUUGUCGAAGGAGGAGCAGUACUCUAUCUGUAAUAAGACGAUGAUCUACUCGGGAGUUUUCCUGACAUAUUGGGAUUUAUAUUUAAAGUGAAAAGUGUGAAGUGACUCUUAAGUUAAAAAAAAUUAGCUUCUGGAUACUGGGGAGGAUAAAUGGCUAGAGAAUGAUUAAUGCCUUAAAUUGUGCAACUGAAGUGGAAUGUUUAAGUGUGUGAGAAAGUUUAUAGAGACUGAUAUGAUGGAAUAGUUUUGUUAUUGGUUCUGUUGAGAUUAAUGUGGUUAUAACUAACAUUUAGUUUUCAGUGUUUUGUUGUAAUUCAUUGUGUUUUCAUUUCUAACAACGGCGGAGAGGAAAGGAUAUAACAUGAAAAUUUAUUUUCCAACAAGGAAAGUGUAACAUUGUUUGAUACAUUAAAUUUUUCAUUGCCAAAUUCCGUUGUAACUUUAAUCAAAACAUGGAAAUUGAUAUGUAAAGAUUAUAUAAUCUAUAAUCUACAAGUGAAAUCAUGGCAAAUUCUACAACAGAAAUUCAGACAAACAGUUCAAGUACUGUAAUGUCUACAGUUAUAGAUGCAUCCUAUCCUCUGUCAACCAGUGACCUACAUUCAUCCUCUGACAUCCCUAGGAGUUUAUCAGUGACUUUGGAUGUCACUUCACAACUGCAGUCAGACACAAGUAUGUCAACUGUUUCCCCCUCCUCAAAUCCCUCCUCUAACAGUCAGACAGUUAGUCCCUCCAUGACUCUGUCUCCAUCAUUCAUGCCAAGUUCUUUUUCAGAUUCCUCAGUUUUAGAGUUCAGCCAGACACCAACACCAUUCUCUGAAUCUCAAGUGACAUCAACUGAUUUAGUGGAGAGAUUAGAAGAAUUAUCUUCUAAUAUUGUACAAUCUAGUCUAUCAUCCAGUGUAUCUUCCAGCUCUGACAUUUCACCUGAUGUAACUUCUUCCAUAUUAUCAUCCAUCCUUGAGAAAUCCAUUGAAUACAUAGAUUCAGUGCCUUCAUUAGUUUCCCCUUCUACAACAUCUUCCCAAUCCACAGUGAUAACUUCCUCUGCAUUGUCAUCAUCCAUAUCAGAGACCGCCAUCCCAUCUUCCACUGGUCUUAGACCAUCAUCAAAUGUUGCAUUUUCAUCCACAUCAUCACAAGAAUCUUCACCUACAUUUUACCCUGCCAGUUCCACUUUGAUGUCUUCCACACAACCCCAGUCUUCCUUUUCAAGUCCUUUUGUAUCUUCCACUCCAACACAAAUUCCACUUUCCACCCAAGGCAUUAGUACUAAUCCUAUAAUAGUCCUGCCAUCUUCAUCCAUGGAGACACAUUCUCCUACCAGCAUCCUUCCAGUGUUGCCAGCUUCAAGCAAAGUUUUACCACCAGGUGUUGGAUCAACAACAGAAAAGACAAAUGAUACAGUCACUGCCACACAAGCACCAGUACUGGGGACUGGACUUGAGCUUAUCAUCGCCUUGUCAAUUAUUGGAGCUGGACUUCUCAUCUUCCUCGUCAUUAUAAUCUGUGUCUGUUGGAGGAGGAAGAAAUCGGGAAAGCAAGAGAAAUAUGAUCCUAAUGCUGUAACAGAGGAUCUAUGGGUCUCAAGGGAAGUACCCCUCAAUCAUGUGGACCCAAUCCCCCAAAUCAAGACUUUUAGUGAGGUGGAUGGGGGCAGCAUUAAAUUAAGAAAUGGAAUAACCCAUUUCAAUACAGCUACAGUCAGGAGAAGUUACAGUCCAGCCUUCAGACACAAUGUCAGAUUUUUUGAUGAGGUUGACGAAAAAUAUGUUGCGAUCUUUAACUUUGAGGGAAAGAAUGAAGAGUAUCUGACCUUGAAGGAGGGAGAUGUUGUUGUGGUUACCAAUAGAGAUGAUAAUGGCUGGUGGACAGGAAGUCUGAGGGGGAAAACAGGAUUUUUUCCAGGAACGUAUGUUAAAGAAGCCCCACCAGAGGUGGAAUUUGAUAAGAGUAAGUCAUUACUAAGCAAUGGAACACAGCCUUUUGAAAUACUCCUUGAUACUGACACAAAUGCCCCCCGCCCAGUGUCCUCUUUUAUGUCCCCAGAGACAGGAUUUACCAAGAGGGCAUCUACACUCCAGAGGGAAUCUAGCAAAGGCUCCACACUAACCAGGCACACACUUGGUAAGGAGGUGGCCAUUCCUCAUGUACCUGAUGAAAAGGAGGAGGAGGAGGAGGCAGGUAUCAAAAAGAGGAGGUCAACCAUCUCCCCUGUCAAGGAGGACUUCAAUGUUGAAGGGAUCCAGUUUAAGGUGCUGUACAACUAUACUGCUAACUUUAAGGAAGAGAUGAGUCUCCAUGAGGGGGAGAUAGUCACUGGAAUUAGGAAGGAUCGCAAUGGCUGGAUGUAUGGACGCAAAAACCGCACCAAUGAAGUCGGGCAUUUCCCAGCUGUUUAUGUGGAAAAAGCUACCCAGGAGGAUAUUGAGGCAGCCAGCUUCUCUCAGUAUGGAUACCCUGAUGAAGAGACCGUGUACAAACAGCUACAUGUCAACAGGACGAGUCACCAUGAUGAAGAUCUCAUUGGCAUUGAACAUCGAGCUCUUCACUGCUAUGCUGCAGAGGAUGAACAUGAUUUGUCAUUUGAUAAAGGGGACACAAUUCUUGUGUAUGAAGUCAAUGACAAUGGUUGGUGGAGGGGUAGUCGAGGGGACGAGGUGGGCUGGUUCCCAGGAAGUUAUGUACAGGCAGUUAGGCCUCCAGAGCUUGUGGAUGAAGAUCCAACAGAGCUGAAAUACAAAGGACCAGGUGAGCUCACUGUUCUAUCGGAGGACAGAGUCCGCUCUAGUUCCUUCUUAUCGGUGGGGUCAGGAACAAACAUAUCCAAGACCUCAGAUGAGGAAACAUUAUCUAUCUGCUCCACUGGCACCACAGACAGCAGGAGGCGCCCAGUCAGGAAAGCACCACCUCCUCCAAAAGAUUCUAAGAGCCCACGUACCCCCAAACAACAGCCACCAAGACCACCAUCACAUGUACCGUGGGCUAAUCAAACUUCAUCUACUCCAAAUGAUAAAUCAACCAACCAGAGUCAAGACUCCAGUCUGAAUGGGAACAACAAGAGUAUUAAUGACUCUGAUUCAGUGGAUGGAGGUGCUAAUAAAUCUUUUAAACCAGAUAUACCAAAACGGUUUAUAAAACCGAAACUGGUGAAAGUGUCCAAGAAGAAAAUAAACCUGAAACCUUCUUCCAGUUCUGUUAGGGCUGCUAAGUCUCCUCCACCUCCUCGCCCAGAAUUUCCGAAACACAUACCCAAGAGUCCACUCAACAGAAGUAAAGAUGAGAGCAAUCGGUACAGUAAACUCAAUGGCACUCAGAGCUCCCUAUCAGAGAGCCAAGAAGUGAGAUCUAACAGCCAGAAUAACUCUGCUAUGAUAGACUCAGAUAUCAGUGGGGUGGAAGCUCUACAGUUAUCUAACUCAUCAAAGGACCAAAGUUCUGUGCAAAAUAAGAGUGAAAAUGGAGGUUUUCCUAAUUCUACAGGUGGAAAUUCUGAACCAAAAAGUAGGGAACAAAGUGACAAAACUUCUACACUAUCAACCUUUAAGAACAAACCUAAUGAACUUUCUCCCAGUGAAGCAAGACAUUCAACACCAAAAUACCAUGAAACUCCUAAAUUUUCUGACCCUCCAAUAUUUGAUGGUAAGAAAGUGAAUGGAAAUGUUGAUGCUAACAGUGCUGUACCAGAAUCAGAGACAAGCAUCACUGAAGUUUCAGGAUUAGAUGAAACUGACAGUGACAUGAAGAGCCCCAAAGUUCCACCUAGUCCUAAACGUAGCCGCCUUCCUAUGCUUUCAGGAGAUGCCGGGGCCAAUGCUCAUCGAGCUCGUUCUAAAGAACGUCCACCUCCAGUUGCUCCAAAACCACACAACAGGAUUUCUCAGAUUCAACGACUGAGGUCAUUAGAGCGCAGUCAUUCAGAAGUUGAUUCUUCACAAGAUCAGUCAUCAUUACAGGAUGAUAGCAGCAGUAUCUUGAUACAUGAUGGCUUGGAUUCUUCAAAUAAUAAUUCCUCAUACAUGAAUGAUAGUCACAAUCAAAAUACCUCUAGCUCUAAUAUUAGGAAACCAAGCAUACCUGUUCCACAGAAUCCCCAGAAGUCUCCUUUGAAACAGUCUUCUAACAGCAGUCGUAUUCCCAAAACAGCUAGUGGUGCUACAAAAAGACCUAGUUCAGCAAUGUCUGGAAAACCUGCAGAAAAUAUUGGUAAAGAUUUCACUCGGCAGACAUCAACCACAUCUGGUGGCUUUGAAACUGCUUCUCCGGGAAAACCCCCAACUCCCAAACCCAAAAGACCUGACAAUCCACCAAACAGAGUUGACAGUAAUGUGUCAUCUCGAAGGAAAACCAGUGCUAGUCCAAGUCGCAUUCCUUUAGGGAAAUCUCCAACUCGCAAACCCUCUGACUCUGGUGCUAAAACAAAAAUACCUCAAAAUCAUUCUCCAGAAAAGAAAUCCAGUGAUGUGGACAAUAAAACAGUGCCAUCUAAGAUUCCCACUGCCCCUUCAACAGAGGGACAAAGGGGUAACCUCACUAAGGCUUCCUCUCUAGAAAAUCAGAAUGGUCACUCCAAAGCACCCCCUACUGAUGCCCAAAAGGGUAGCCCCUCAAAGAGGGGGCGGAGUGCCAUCCCAAAGUUACCAAGACCCAAUAAACCAUUUGUACCACCUGAUAAAGUAGGAGCAGGGGGAGACAACCCAUCAGUUCACACAAAUCAAAGGCACCAAAUGAAGAAAGCUGUGUCUGGGUAUGAAGCUCUCAAUGAAGGGGAGCUGUCUUUCAAUGAAGGAAGUCUCAUAACUGAAAUUAGUCAGGAUUUGGACCACCCUGGCUGGUGUGUUGGGCGCCUGCCUGAUGGUACCACUGGCAGAUACCACUCUAGUUUUGUAGAGGAUCUCUCCCCACAAGAACUUGCCAUGGUAUAGCUCACUCCAACAAUAUAUGUUGCAUUGUCUUGCCAGAAAAGAAGAAAUGAAUAUAUACAUUCAAUCAUUCAGUGUUCUUCACUUAAGUUAUUUGACUAAAUAUGUUGAAUGUGUUUCUGAAAUAUAUACAUCAAUUAAAUAUAUACAUCAAUUAAUAGUAUAGAAUGGGGGAAAAUGUGAGACUGUGUAGUUUCUUUUAUCAGAACAACCAAAAAUACUUGUUUGACUGCAAUAUUAAGUGUUCUACUUGUUUUAAGAUAAUGUUACCCUGUGUUUAUUGGCAACGUAUUUCAUUCAAAUAAUACUUGCAAUUUUGAAUGUUCUUAAAAUGUGCAUUAAUUUUACAGGUUUAGUGCUUUGAUCAUUUUACUUUUUAUGGUUGUUUUUAUUAUGUAUAGUUUAUUUCUUUGUGAAAUUCAUUGUAUCAAUAAAAAAUUAGUAAAUGUCCAUCACGUUUGUUGAACUGAACUGAAUUGAACAAGAUUUUCAGUUGUAUAUUUAGUACAAAAAGAAGUCUUUAGUGCCAACAUUUUAAUUUCAAUGAGUGAACAGCUUUAAAAAUAAACACGAGUUUUAUAAAACUAAA